ACUAGCGGUAGGCAAGUGAAGAAAUGAAAGCGAAGCAGUCUCGAAAUGGAUGCAGCCUACCAAACUCACUGACAAUGUUGAGAUUUGAUUUUGGCACGAAGAUUGCGCCAAAUCGCUCAUAUGGAUUGGCAACAUUUUCCUUGGAAUAGAGCAAUUAAGUGUCGAAAUGUCAAUGGAAGACAGAGGUGGUCUGCAAAAGUCAAGAGAAAUAGAGACAAACUGAUUUAAUACAUUUCCAACCAUGGAAAUCGAUAAUGGUGCCGUGAGAGAAGGUGUGUUGGUACCUGUGCUACCAGGUUCGAAAAACUUCGACAACAGCAUUCGGCCUCCACUGCAAAACUCGUACAUGUACAAGGAGUCUAAGCAGUCUUUCAGAUACAACUCUGCUUUCUUGAUAAACAAUGCUACUCUGCAGGAACGGUAUGAGGCUUUCCGAACAAAGAGGAGAGACAUGGGAUACUCAGAGGAAGAAAUGGAGGAGUCCUAUGGCUUCUUGCUGUUUGACGACGAAAAUAAGGCAAAUAAAGUGGGAGAAACUGGUGUUGUCCCUGGACACAGCACAUGUACCACACUUGGAGAUCCUUCAAAGGGUGUGUACGUGUCCAAGUACUCGGACUGCCUGGACUUAAACCGCUGGUACCACGGGAAGUCUGGGUACAUCGCCAUCAUCAGGCUCACCAAGGGCAGGGUCAGAGAGGUGACUGAGAACUACACAGUAAACUACACCUCUCCCUCUAAUGGGUUUGACUGUCAUGUAUCAGAGCAGCUCAGUUCUGUGUCAGCCAACACCAGCUCCUUCCUGGCCUUCGAGAGAACACAGUACUACAUGUAUGAGCUGCCUGUUGGAGGGCCAGUCCAGCCUCCCAGCCAUGUCUGCCCAUUCGCUAUCGUGGCUUUCUCCUAUUGGGAUACCAAGACACCCGCAUCAGAGGAGGAGGAGAAAAGUGCGGAAGAAAAAACAGUCUUUCACUACUAUCCGUGGAGGGGCCAGCUCCAAAUCAGCUCCCAGAUCUACCAUGUGGCUCUGAAGUCCAGCACAGGACCCCUAAUUCCAGCUAAACUUCCAACAAUGAUGUCAGUUGACGGAGCAAUUCAAAUGUCAGAUCUGAGGCAGAAAUUACCGAAGGCUAUAUUUGAAACCUGCUUCUCCGGUGAAGUGUCUCUGGAAGGAAUGGGUUGCAGUCUGUAUGAGCUUGCACCCAGUGAGGCUGAAGACAUCUCUCUCGCUCAGCUCACACAGGACCUCAAGGAGAAAGACCUGGCCCUCACAAUACAGCUGAAUGAUAAUGGUUUUCUUAUACUGUUACAUUCAUCUCACUUCCUCACAUAUGAAGAUACUGGGUCCAGUAAGCCAGAGGUAUUGCAGGGGAUGUUUGUGUUUCCAGACUGCAGAGCUAUACAUAGAGACACCAAGAUCUGCUGGAAGAAGCCCUUCCUCUCACCAGAGUGCCUCCAGGUGGUGCCGGCACUGAACUACGCAGAGGCAGAGGUGGAAAAGUGCCUCCCUUCGCCAAGCGGGGAGCUACGUGGUUUACUAGAGCAGCAUAUUCAGAGCUACGCUUCCCUCAUCCACCCUGGGCUUACCAUCAGUCCAUCCAGGGAGGCCAGCAUCUUCCCAGAUCAGUUUGAUGUUCCUGAUGCCCUCAAAUACCUCUACUCCGCCCCCAAGUGGACUGAGAUGGGAUGGAAACGUCUCAAAUCUUAUUUCCACCAGCCGGGCUCCUUUGAGCUGUCGGUGUCCAGAGCCACGGAGCUUCUGGUGGCAGGGCGAGAGGAGCGAGGAGAUGAGCCGGAUGAUGAUGUCUACUACUGUCUGUCAUCUCCAGAGGGGUCCCCCAUGAGUCCUGCUAGUCUGGGUGGCCCAGAGGAGCAGCAGUCAGGGGGACAGUCCCCAGGAGACACAGCUGACACAGCAGCAGACUUUAGUAAAGCACUUGCUGUGUCAAUGGAGGACUUUGAGAAACCUGGUAAGACUAUGGAAGACAGUAAUGCACCAGACAAAGCAGUAAAGGAAGGAAAUAACUUGCUUUCGAAGGAAGUGCAAGAAAGGUUGCCCUCUGAUCUUAGCAAGCCUCUAAUCCCUGCAGAGGAUUUUGGGAAACCUGGCUUGAACAAGGCACACAGUAAUGCACCAGGGACAAAUUUGCCUCGAAAAGAGGAGCAGGAGGAGCUCCCCUCUGAUCUUUCUCAACCUGCUGUGUCAGCAGAUGACUCUGAAAAACCUGGGAAGACCAAGGCUGACUGUAAUGCACAAGGGGUAAGAAUAGAGGAUGAAGGGACAAGUUUGAACCCAGAGGAGGUUGAAGUUGAUGCACAAGAAAAGGUGCAUUCUGAUCUUUUACAGCCUGCAGUCUCUGCAGAGGACUUGAGGAAAGCUGACCUGGCAACAUUGGGCAAGGCAGACUGUAAUGCACCAGAGGUAGGAGUAGCGAAUAAAGAGACUAACUUGUACCUGAAGGAGGUGCAAAAGGAUAUGCCCUCUCGUGUUUCACAGCCUCCAGUCUCUGCAGAGGUCUUGAGGAAACCUAGUCCGGCCCUGGCGACCAAGCCCAACAGCAAGGCACCAGAGGCAGGCGUAGAGGAUAAAGUGAGAACUUUGCCUCAGAAGGAGGUGCAAGAGGAGGUUCCCUCUGAUCUUUCCCAGCUUGCAGUGUCGCCAAAGGCUUUUGGGAUAGCCAGUAUGAGAGUGAUGAAAAAGGCCACAGAGGUGACAGAGGUUUCAACCUCACCUGCAUCAGGUAACCUCCCAACAGUGUUAGUCAUCACUGCCACUGAAAGAACUGCAACCGUUUUACCUCACAAUGAGAACCUUGACUUGAUCAACACAGAGUCCACCACAAAUAACUCCUCCAGUUUGCCUUGCGCCAAAGUACAGGAUAAGGACGGAAGUGCUCUCAAUGGGCAAUGUGGCAAGGCCAAUCAGCCUUCAAAACCCACAGAGGUCAGUCAUUCCUCUAUAUCUGAUUGGAGGAAACGGCCAAGGAAACGUCAUAGAUUUAGCGGAUUGGGUAAAAGGAUCUUGAGGUCUACAGUGGCUGACUUUGAAGAGAAAGAAAAAGAGGACAUGGAAAGUAUGGAUUCAAGUGAAGUCUACCUAUUAAAAAAGAGAAAGGAACGGAUGGAUAUAAUUCAAGUUAACCCAUUGCAAAAGGAGGAAAGGAUGGAUGUAACCCAAGUUCACCCAUUGAAAAUGCCAAGAGAACUAAUGAAUUUGAUCCAAGAUCCCCCAUUGAAAAAGAAGGAAAAGAUGGAUGUGACCCAAGUUCACCAAUUGAAAAUGCCAAGAGAACUGAUGAAUUUGAUCCAAGAUCCCCCAUUGAAAAAGAAGGAAAAGAUGGAUGUGACCCAAGUUCACCAAUUGAAAAUGCCAAGAGAACUGAUAAAUUUGAUCCAAGAUCCCCCAUUGAAAAAGAAGGAAAAGAUAGAUGUGACCCAAGUUCACCCAUUGAAAAUGCCAAGAGAAUUGAGGAAUUUGAUCCAAGAUCCCCCAUUGAAAAUGAAAAAAAAGGAUUUAAUCCACUAUCACCCAUUGAGAAAUAAAGAAAGUAUGGAUUUGAUUCAUGAUGACCAUCCAUUGAAAAAGAAGACAGAACGGUGGGACUUGAAGGCAAUCAUCUCCGAAUGUGGUAGAAUUUUUGUCCCUCACGGUUCAGAAGUUAUCGCCAAGGAUAUAGAAUCUUUGAAAAUUAAGGGGAAAGUGUUAGAUCACAAACAAUGUGCUGAUGAGAUGAUGGUUGAAGCUUGUAUCAAAGUCCCCCAACCCAUAGAAACAGGAGAUGGACCUAACCUAGAGUUGAACAAGUCAGAUGAGAACAAAGAGUUGCCCAUAGGGAUGUUAGACAGUAAAGACAGUCUGCAUGAGGUCAAAAUGGCUGAUGUAGGCAAGAUGGCCUCUCUGAAUCCCUCAGAACUGGUCCUGAACAAAGACACGGAUUCUCCUUCCUCAGGAAAACACAAAAAGAAGCGUCAAUAUGUUGCAAUAUCCCUGAGUCAACUAAAGACAGUUCUUUCAAGAGGGGGAAAGAGGAGUUCAUCCAUCAAUCCUGCUCCAGAAGAUCAAACAUCACCCUUGAACAAGAAAAGCAAGGCUGAUACUCCUGGCAUGGAUGAAAUGGAAAAUGUUAAUAUCAACAAAGCCAACCCGGACAGAACCACAGGUGCUGUUGAAGUUGCAAAGGAACAGACAUUUGGCCUAGACCCAAAGUUUGCAUUAGCGUUAGGCUUGACUCCUACGGAGUUGCAUAAUGACGCACACAAAUCUCCAGAAAAAAGUGAUAUUCCAUUAAAGAAAGAUAUUCAGAGCAGACUGGACCUGGUCCCACCUCAAGCCACAUCUGACCAAACGUCUGAGGCGUUGCCUAGCUCCCCUUCAACAACAGUCAUCUUAGCGAGUCAGAGGAGACCAUUCAAAAAGAAACACGAGCACGCAGACUCCAUUAGGAAAAAAUGGUGGUUGCAUUAUCGCUCACCAGCUUCUUUAGAAAGUGAGAAAGUAGCUAUAUCCUCCCAACUAGUGACACUUGACCCGGAUGUCAGCCGUGUUGUCAGUAGGGGUAGGCCCUGCGAAGGUGCCAGCGCUGUAUCAUGCCCACCUGCAGAUUCUCUGACCCUAUUGGCCGAUAUGGCUCGCAGUACUAGUAAUGACAAGGUACUGGAACAACAGUCAGACCCAAAGGCUCUUGAGAAACAAGAUGACCACCCAAGUUUGGUGAUAAGUGACAACAGUGUCAAAGAUGGCGUCUCUCCUCAUGAUCCAGAUGGUGAGCCAGAAUUUGUCCUUCCUGCUCUGCUGAAGCACCCUUCUGCUGCUAGGCUUAAACUCCCCCCUCAGUCUCCGUCACCCAAGGGGCUGGUGGUGGGGAGUGGGGAGCGGGUUGUGUUAGUCUCACAAGAACAUUCAUACUCACUGCCGCCAUCCUCUCUACUAUUGGGUUUGUCAGGUUCAAUCCUUCAAGUCUCCAUUUCGGAGGGACUUCAGCAGCAUCGCAAGGAUAUCUUUGCUGACGGAACUCAAACACUACGGGCCUUCCUGUGUCAGCAGAAGGACCAGAACAGGAAGGAACCCGGAUUGGCUCCGGAAUCCCUGAGCAAAGGAAUCGGGUGCAGGCAGAAGUUCCAUCGCUUCCGGCAGUUCAUUGAAAAAGAUGGCUCAGUUCAAGUGACAAGGCUGUGGAAGGAAAACUAUAACUUUAAUUCAGACAGCAAGUUUACCAACGACCCUAAGGAUAAAACAGUUAUUAGAGCCCUACAUGGCCCAUGGGAUUUUGACAUUAAGGACACAAAGGAACAGGUUCAGCUCAUUAUCCACAUGUGGAUAGGUCUUUUCUACAGCAGGUCCACUGCGAGGUUCUGCCAGGCAGACUCAAGUCUAACAUGUUUGGGAAAAAAGGAUUCUACAGAAGUGGCUCAUGGAAUGGUACCAGCCCAUGUUCAACCUGAGACCAAGACAAGUUCCCCUGCUUAUAUAGCCCUCUCCAGGAUACCAGAACCUGAAGUUUUGGACCUUAGUAACAUGGGUAAAAAAGAAGCACAACCAUUAAGCCUGGAAGCUGAGGUAUUGGACCUUUCAAUGAAAACAACCUCAACUGUGCUAGACUCUCUAGACACAGAGUCUAAGCAGAGAAUAGAUUUAAAAAAUCAUCCAGUAUACCUACCAGCAACUGGCCUGCACAAGGAAACCAUCUCUUGUCCAAAACGAAGUACAGGUGUUGAGUUAAAGGUUUACAGAGACCGUGUGGACAGCGUGAUGUCAGAACAAUCAAGUGACCUGGGUGAUGAUGAAGACUAUGAAACCAACAACCAUGAGAAUGACAGCAAGGGUACCCUCCAAAAUGGUGUGUCCCCUUACGAAAGAACUUUGGAAAGUGAUCGAUCGUACAUACUUCUGUGUGAACAGGCAGCAAGUGUGUACAUUCAUCAAGAAAAGCUCCUGGAGACUCAAACUGCUCAGGUUUUGGAGGGCAACAACAAAAAGCUCCUCCAAAAGGAGGAGAUGACGGGUGAUGGAGAACCAAACGCAGCGCGUCUUAAAACCAUGGGCUAUAAAGAUGUCAAUAAGGAGCAACAACUUAAAGAUAACGAUUCAGUCAAAACAAUACCAUACACAGAAGUGCAGAUGGAUGGUGAUGCUGCCAAUAUGGCUGACACAGUUGAGCGUAAUGCAAAUGAAGCCAGAGAUGGGGCUCACGUUGCCAUCUCUGAUGGCAGUGAGUCAAAAGAGGAGAUGCACAAAGUAGAUCACAACGUGAAGGAUUCUGUUGAAGCCGCAAAACCAGAAGCAGUGCAUGCUGGGAAAGAUACCACAAACAAGGAAAUCACAAAAACACAAACUGCUGUGCAUGUUGGGAAGGAUUUAAUUGAUAAUGAUAAGGCACUCAAAGCAGUGCACAGUGAAAAUGUUCCCAGAGAUUAUGAAAACACCAAAGACCAGGUGCAAACUGCAAUGCAGGAUGGGAAUGAUACUAAAGAUGAGACCCUAGCAGCGAUGAUUUGUGGAGAAGAUUCAGGAGAUAAAGCACCACCUGUGGUGUGUGAUGGGAAUACAUCUGUGGCUGAGGCACUACCAGAGAUAUCACAUACUGAAAAUGAUUCCCAAAAAGCAACACAGUCAGUGGUGCAUGGUGGAAAUGAUCCGAGAGGUACGACACUACCUGUGAAAUGUAAUGGCAAGCUGUACAUAGACGUAGAACCCACUGUAGUGCAUGAUAUAAAUGGUUCCACGGAUGAGGAACUACCAAUGGGACAGGGUAGGGAUGUUUCUGCUGGGACUAGCAGAGUACUGCCAGAGAUGCAUGGUGAGAUUAAAUGUAAAGGUGAUGUACUGCCCACGCAAGUAUUUCCACUAUGCGAUGGGAACAUGCCUUUUGUAGGCGAGUUUGACACACUCAUUCAGCCCAAUAAUGUUUUAGGAGUGGCUAGACAUGAAAUAGAUGAGGCUGAUGUAGAAACUAAAGAACAGGAAAAAGAAUUGAUGCAGGGUCAGAGUAAAUCUGAUGAUGUCACAACUCAAAGUUCCACAACAUUCCCGCCAGGGUCCCAACAUUCUCAAGACGAGACAUUAGAAAUACUGACAGGUCAGGUAGAAAUACCACCGAUUCCCAGUGAAGACAUCGCACACACAGAUGUUCUACAUUCAAUAGGUGAGGCAUCAGAGAUGGCGCAAAGUCAGGUAGAAAUUCCAUUUUUUGGAGAAGAAAUACCAUUCAUUGGAGUAGAGAAGGAUAGCCAGGAUAUCAAUCACACAGAGGUGCAUGAUACUCACCCAAGUCAGAAAGAGACACGGAUCACAGUCUGUGAUAGUGCUAAUGUGUUAUCAGGUGAAAUGCUAGCAAAAAUAGUUUCAAAGGGAACAGAAUCUGUCAGUCGAUGCCCAACUGUGGAUGAGGUGCUGUAUGGUUACAUCCCCAUUCCUGACAUCUGCAGUGCCUCCCUGGCCAUCUGCGAUGCCGAUGGGGUCAGCAAACCCCUCAGCACUGGGCAAGGUUACAGCAGAUGCCCAACUCCGACAGAAGACGAGCUACCUUUCGUUCCAGGAUUUUCUUAUGACCAUCACUCACCAAACACUGUUUUGUUGCCCAAUGCGAAAGACACCAACAGUCCCAACCUCGAUAGUAGUCUUGCGCUCAUUGAAAAUGAAAAGGAUCAUCAUGAACCAAGUCUUAGUCUCUAUAAAGCUAGGGCUGCUACUGGGUUGCACAAGCUGCAUAAAUCCAGCAACAAUAACAAACCAAAUAAUCUGGAAGCCAUUGAUAAUCAGUUCUCUCAAGUAUUGGCUGAUCCUCGCAAGAACCCAAUCGCCACUAGCACACCUCUCAACACUCCCUCAUCUUCUUUAAAGGAAAGAAGCGAUUACGAUCCAUAUUCAAAUAUGCGACUUGCCGCUGUUGAACCAGACCUGCAUGCUCAUUCAAGUCGCCAUUCGCUGCAUAGUUUCUCUUACUCGUUUCCCAACACCCACUGUUCCGUAACAGAGAAAGCUGCUUUCUCUGUGCCAUCAAUCCACCCGGAAGUCCUGUCCAAUGAAACAACAUUAAUUGGGAACUUUAGUGAAAUCGCUUUAGAAAGAGAGACUUUCUUGCGUCCUGCCUUAAGUGAGCUCAUCCUACAGUCCACCCGUCUGAGUAUUCCAUCUGGCAGUGGACCUAAAGCAGCUUCUCAGAACUUUUCAGUGCACAGUUUUACUCAGCCCCAGCCAAACAGCCAGCAACCUGCCAUGAUUGUGAAUCUCUCCAAGAGUGAGGACAGCAGAGGACAGUACAACUGGGAAGAAGGACAAACAGAUAUUGACCCUAUGUCUUCAGAUGACCUAAAAAGCAAACAAACCGAUACCCCUGUCCGCUCAAACACUAAUGCUCAGCCUUAUAACACACAGUAUGCCACAGAGAUGAGACAGAUUGCAGUUUUGCAAGAUUAUGAGGAUGUUAUGGCUGAUGAGGAUGUUAUGGCUGAAAAUGAGGCGCCUUCUGUAGAUAAAGACAACAUUGAAUCCAGUUUAAAGACCAAUUGGAUAUCAGAUGACAAACAUUUAAGAAGUAAAUUCCGGUUGAAUAAAACAAGACUUGACUUCAUCAACUCUUUACGCCAGUCUCAGGAAUGGGAGCAAAGGGAAUUUUAUGGGGUGUUGGACUUCAGCAAGCAAGGCACUUCCUCGUCGGUCACCUUCCAGUCUGAAGUAUCAGACAAAAUACUUUCCCAUAUGGAAGAGAACCAACAUGAGUGGUUAAAGUAUUGUAGGGCUAAGAGGAGUGGCAGCCAGAUGGAUAUGACCAAGGAAGAAGACUCCUCAGUGGCAAAGCCACGCUUAGUUACUGUUUUUGAUCGCAAAGGAAACAGAAUCACCUAUGAAAACUAUCCCGUUUUGAAACCUACAGCAAGCAUGCACACACGGACAGUUCCUGACUCGAACAGACAGGGCUUGAGCAGUUUUCUGGAGUUCUCCAAGAGGUGGGAUGAUGCACAUAACGCUGAUGAAUCUGAUCUUACUCAGUCAUCUAUGGAUCUGGAGACCCUCAUCUUCUCAGAGAGAAUGAACCAGAUGCUAAAACGUAAGAGUAGUAGCAGCAGCAGGUACAACCGAUCGAGACACCGCAGGUCAAACGUAGAAGAAAGAGCUUCCACCAGUAGCCCGGCUGUGACAGUGCACUUUUCCAGUCUACAGGAGGAUCAGGAAAGCUCCGAGGAGCACUGGGAGGCGAUACCGUCACUUGCAGGACAAAAGAUCAGAGUGGAGAUGCCUGAAAGGAUGGCUAUGCCUGAAGAGACAGAUGGAGAACCUCAGCAUCUUAAGAAACUUUCCUGUACAAAGGGCAGUGAGAUGACGCAUGUAAAAGUUUCAGAUCUGGUUGUGGAUAGUUUCAAGGCGUACCAUGCUAUGAUGACUGAGGUCUGCGCAGGCAAAAAAUACCCAUCCAGAACUGAGAGACUCAAGAGGGAAGAAGCAAAGAGAAACAGUUCGCCAAAGUCUCGAGCUCCAAGCAAAGACUUCUGUGGGCAGAUGAAGGAGGACAUGUAUGACAGCCUGCAUGAUAAUCUGAACUCUGUUGUGAGACAGUCAUGUAAGAACAAGUUCAGGUUCUACAUACUGGUGACAUCAUCUGACCCAUUCUUCAGAGAGACGAAGGAGCUGUUAGAAGCAGAGGGCCACAUUGCAGUAGAACAGUCUCAAUUCUGCCUUGGAAAGGAUAGUCCAUCGUGCCCUCUACACAUCAUCUUAAGGAAUGAAGAUAUUGCUGAACACAUUUGUGAGGUCCCUCACUUGCUUGAGUUGAAGAAGGCUCAGAAUGUGUUGUUUGCUGGUAUUGACCGUCCUGAUGACAUCGUGAACCUGACCCACCAAGAACUCUUCGGCAAAGGCGGUUUUGUGGUGUUUGAGGGAGCAGCUCUGCACACACUCAGUCUCAGCAACAUGAAGAAAAUGUCUGGUUUUCUGGAGGGACUGAGUAAAAAAGGGAAGUGGAAAUGGCUGUUGCACUACAGAGACAGCCGGAAGCUUAAAGAGAACGCACGGUCUAGUGCGGAAGCACAAGGCAAAAAAAUCUUCAUGGAUGUCUGCCAGGAGGCUGGAAUGGUGGAGGUCUUACCCUACCAUGAAUGUGAUGUCAUUUCAAGGGAACGACCCAACUACCUCCACUGUCUAGUUCGCCUGCAGGUCCAGAAUGUAUCUGCUCGUUUACCUGUAUUUAUAACUGACACAACGGCAGACAAAGCGUUUGCAAAACAUGGGAUCUUCACAAUGAAUAUUAACUCUUUCCUGCUGAUUUCUGAGAGUGACACAUGCACUAUUUCUUAAGCUGAUGGGGAAGCUGUCCACAGAAGUCCUCAGUACAUCAAAAUGCAAUAACAUUCUAUUUAUAAAGCCCUUUUUUUUGUUGUCAAAGUGAUUUCAAUUAACCCGACCAAGAGGCCAAUGAGCAGCGGCAAAGAAAUACUCUAAGGAAACCUUCAAACCUCGAGAGGAACCACUCGGAAGGGGGAGGCCCCUUUAAGAAAUAAGCAUUUGUAUUCCAAAAUCAACUUUUUAAGGAAUUCUUGGGAGUUCUCUCAGAAGUUUAAUACAUACUGACGAUCUAACCCAGAUCUAAAUCAUUGUAGUGUAAUAAUACAAAAAAAAGAUAUGUUUAUAUCAAGGCUAAAAACAUUUACUUAGAUCAACGUUUUGGUUCCUUUGUGUAAAUUGCCUUCAAUUCCAUGUAGAUUUAUUUAUUCAUAUUUUUUUUAUAACAGGUAGAUUGUGUAUAGAUUAACAUCUGCUUCAGGCAUUAUAUUUCAUCAAUUGUGUAUUUAUAUGUAUGUUUGUAAAGACAUUUAUUGUACUUUUGCGAUAUAAAGAAAUUGAAGUACUGUU